UUCUGUUUUGUGCUUUACGGAGAUACAACAAGGAUAGCCUCUCACCUACUGUAUUUACACGCAGAUAAAUGUUUUCUUUUCGGCAGUUGCCCGAGGAACCUCCCGGAUGCGGGAAAUGGACUCCUAACGGCCGUUGCUCGUGCAGCAGCUCCCCGGCAGCCAUGAACCACACACCUAGUCCCCACAUGACUGAAGCUAGCAGGUCGGGGGGGAGUCUCCUGUCCGGCCUGGGCCCGCCUCCAGACCGCAUGCGCUCCCCGGACAGCCUGACCACCUCCAGCCCCAAGAGCGGCACCCCCAACUCCAGCCCCCCCCUGCUGCUGUCGCCGGGGGUGUGCGUGGGCGAGGGGGGCGACUGGGAGAGCCGCGAGGAGCUGCGCCUGCGGGAGCUGGAGGAGGCCCGGGCCCGGGCCGCCCAGAUGGAGAAGACGAUGCGCUGGUGGUCCGACUGCACGGCCAACUGGAGGGAGAAGUGGAGCAAGGUGCGGGCCGAGCGCAACAAGGCCCGGGACGAGGUGCGCCAGCUGCGCCAGCGGCUGGACGCCCUGACCAAGGAGCUGACGGGCCUGCGCCGGGAGCGGCAGGAGCUGUCCAACGAGAACGAGCAGCUGCGGCAGGAGGCGGGGCGGCUGCGCGCUGUGGCCUUGGAGAUGGAGAGGGAGGGCGAGGGCCUGGGCUCUCCCGAGCAGGAGCCCGUUCGGGACGUGGGCACGGAGAAGCCCGACAAGAACAAGGAGAUGGAGCUGCUGGAGUCCCUGCUGCGGGCGAAGGCAGAGGGACCGGACAGCUGGGAUGGGCGCAGUGCCAGCAGCCUCCGUUCCGCCCUCAGCCGCCAGGACCGCAACCGCCUGCUCUGGGAUGACAUCACCAUCCUAGAGGAAGACACCAGCAAGGUUACCGCCCUCCAGCUGCGCCUCGACGAAUCACAGAAGGUCCUGCUCAAGGAAAGAGAGGACAAGCUGUCUCUCAGCAAGAACAUCGAGAAGCUGGAGACGGAGCUCAGCCAGUGGAAACUUAAAUACGAAGAGCUUAAUAAGUCCAAACAGGAGGCUCUGAAGCAGCUCAACCUGCUGAAGGAGGUGCACCAGGACGAGCUGGGCCGCAUGUCGGAGGACCUGGAGGAUGAGCUGGGGGCCCGCUCCAGCAUGGACAAGAAACUGGCCGAGCUGCGUGUGGAGAUGGAGCGGCUCCAGGCGGAGAACGCGGCGGAGUGGGGCCGGCGGGAGCGCCUGGAGACGGAGAAGCUGACGCUGGAGCGCGACAACAAGAAGCUGAGGGGGCAGAUCGAGGACCUGGAGGAGCAGCUGGCCCGCAAGCGCAGGCAGGCGGCCAGCGCCCUGGACACCGACCUCAAGAGCAUCCAGAGCGAGCUCUUCGAGAGGAACAAGGAGCUGGCCGACAUGCGCCACGUGCACUCCAAGCUGAAGAAGCAGUACCAGGAGAAGAUGGCGGAGCUGGCCCAUGCCAACCGGAGGGUGGAGCAGCACGAGGGCGAGGUGAAGAAGCUGAGGCUGCGGGUGGAGGAGCUGAAGAAGGAGCUGGCACAGGCCGAGGACGAGCUUGACGAGGCUCAUAAUCAGACCAGAAAGCUGCAGAGGUCUUUGGACGAGCAGGUAGAACAGACUGAGAACCUGCAGGUCCAGCUGGAGCACCUUCAAUCCAGGCUGCGGCGACAGGUGAACCCCAGCCUCUUUGGAAAGAUGAGGAGCUCCCUCUUCAGCCCCGAGGAGCCCGACGAGCUGCCCAGCGACCCGGACGAGGAAGAGGAGGCCCUGCAGAUCCAGAUUCCCUAGGAGAGAAUCCGAGCAGCGGGAAGAUAGGCAGGCGGAGGACCGGCGACCACAGCAGACGUGGCUAGCCCAGGUCUGUGUCGAACAAGCACACACUGCGCUUAUUGUAGCCUUUAGCCUCACAGACACCCACAGGAUCACCAGCACUGGGGCAGGAGGACUUUUUGUCUCCAAGACCCCAGUCCUAGAGGAUCGGUGGCCAGAGAAGAUCUGAGCUCUGCUGACGGAGUGCCGAUUCCAGAGCUCGGCUGUUGCAGAGGAAGAGCAUUGCCCUGCCAGGGGCGGGGGGUCCAUCUUCUCUUCUUAGCUACUCACUUCACUCCUAAGACUCUUGUGGGCCUUUCUGCUUACUUGGCUCCCUGGAUCGUCUUUCUUUCUCCACUUCGGCACGGCUGGGGGAAGAGUUCUCUCUCCUUUCUUUUGUUUGUCCAAAAACUGUGAGGAUGCCUGAAAAUGUAAAAAUGCUUGUGAGGGAAUUUUAAAGAAGGCUCACAGUGUGCCCCCCCCACACCACCAAGCCUCACUCCCUUCAUUUGACACGGGGACAUUGGACUUGAUUCUGCAGCGCCCCCUUGAGGAGAACGCCCGUCUUGCAACUCCGCACGUGUUUUUGUCAUCACCAGGUUCUCUCAGGGGAAUAUUGGAAACAGUCAGAUACAAGUAUAAUACGAGCAGCUCGCGUUUCAACAGAUUUCAAAUUUCCUAAACUUACAAAAAAAAUGUAAUCAAAAGAACGGGCAGACGUCUGAAGAAAUGACGCGAUAUCCAAAAGCAAUAAGACAAUUCCUUCCCCCAGACACUGUAGUUAAAGCCAUUCCUGGGGACCAAGCUAUUUGCAAUGGUUAUAGCUGAAAUUAUUUAUCUUUUUUUUUUUAAUGAAUUGUACUACAUUUUUCUAUUUAGCUUCAUAAAUAUUGUAUGUUAGCUGGUUUGUGUAGUACUGUAAAGUGCUGGUGUUAUCUGCCGGGGGUGCUCUGAUGCUCUGAAGCUGUGGUGUGACAUCACUGAGGUCUUGCUAGGGGGGUCAGUGCCACACCCUUUUCAAGCACAUUUGUUUGUGCUAAUUGUAGGGAAUAGUACAAUAGCUUUCUAAAAGUGCAUUGUUUAUGUAAACCAUCCAGGCCAGGCAAGUUAGACCUGGUGAAGCGGAUUUUAUAGGGAGAGAAACUCUCUUCAGUAUGGUUGUGGAGCAGGUUAUCAAGUCCCCUCAGUCGCCAAUGUGGAAAAUGUCAUCUCUGGUCUGGGAAGCAGGGUCAUUGGCGACAAACCUCUUCACGCGAUGGACGUUGCUAUGGAAACGAACCAAAAAAUCAGGCCAAGGAGGGCAGUGGAAAGCUUGAGAAGCAUCAAGAGCUGUCGUACUUUAAGAUUUUCUUUAAUGUAUGUGGAAGUGAUUUCUAAAGGACUCUAAUUGGAAUUGCCUUUUUUUCCUGUGGCAAAGAUGGGCUGUUUUUCUCCUUUUUGUGAUGUUUGUUUGUUGUUGGCCUUGUAAUUUCCCCAUCAGUGGUCGUCCAGCUGCUGUUGCAGCUGUGAUCUCUCCUGUCGAUUGUGUCCUACUAGGCAGUGGGUGCUAUCCCACACCCUCUGGGGUGAAAGUCGCAGGGAGAGCGACUGUCAGCAGACUCCUUGUUCUUACCUCAGCCAGGCCGCUGGCACUGCAGUCGCACCCUGCCAGGCAGGUUGUAGGACAAAGAAGAGAAUUCAGAGAAGUUAUUCCCUAGUUUGUUUGUGCAUUUUUCAUCCUCUCCUAGUAAGUCUCUGGCUGUGGUCCCUCUAGGUGCUAUUUUUUGCUCUCAGCUUUUUCAGUGGGGGUCACAACUGAUAAGAGUGCUGUGUGUCAUUCUCUUUAAGGCUUUUUCAGGCUGUGCUCAGUGUCUAUGACAACGACGUCUUUCAGACACAUUCUAGACUUUGACAUUUCAUGGGGUGCAGAAUCACUACAAAGCCAGAAGCUACAAGGAACUCCAAUCCCAUAGCUGUUCAAGUUCACAAAGCUUUCAUGUCCAGUCAGCAUUUGUACUAAAUUAAUGGGCGAAUGUUUUCCUUCUAAGGAAUUAGAGGAGAUGUGUUUUUACUCAGAGUACACAGGGAGUAUGAAGCAUCAGACCUGCUGGUCCUUGUUAUAAGCACCAUCAGUAAAAGAGCUUCAAAUGAAGAAGAACUGGGGACCAGUCCCAGCUUUUCCAAUUCUGUCUAGAAACCUUUCCUUCUUUAAUGGACAGUUUGAGUGGGAGAAAACUGUUGCUGAUCUUCACCCUGGACUCAAGGGCCAGGCUAACUCCCACCAGCUCUCUCCUGAACUGAAUGAAAUAAUGUUGAAGAUUUUAAGGAAAGCAAAGUGAAUGAGUAAAAUGAGAAAAAAGAAGUUGAAAAAGAAAAUGGAUAUAGAAGAACCUACAGAAGGAGUUGGGAUCCCCAUUACCAAUUCAGUCAUCCUGUGGGUCAUCCGCUGUGCAAUUCGAGGUCAGCUUUCAGUUUCACAGUUGGUCACUUUCUAAGAAAAGCAAUAAUAAAAGCUGACCCCUCCGUUUGUCCGGUAGAAAAUCUUUCCAUUUCCCUGAAUCUUCUUUGUAGGAGUCCUAAUGCUGUUGUUUCAUUAAAAGGUGAGGGUUCUUGUGGCUUUGUGAACGGAGCACUUUAUAGGCCACAAUGGAGGACUUGUAUAGUUACACAGCAUGGAGCAAUGGGAUCCCUCUGCGGACAUAAGAAAAUCUCAGGAGAAGCUGCAUCUGCUUCCUCAUGGCCAUGCCAAUGGCUAACCCAUUUUCUUCUCCUCAGUCCACUGGUACAGAUACUCACAAGGACGGGCAGUACGAGAUGACAGAUUAGGCAGCAGGAGUUGAGAGACUGCUGGCAACCCAAACUGAUAGGAAGAAACUGAAAUGAGAUUUUCAGUUGUGUGUGCGGUUAAAUGAAAAAAACAAGUGACAAGCUCCACUUCUUGUGGUAAAAAUAAGCAAGGAUUGCUGAAGUACAUCGAUAUAAGUCGUGAUGGUUUAAAUGGUUCCCUGAAUCUUCCAAGUCAGACUUCAUCACAUCAUAUUACUCAGAAUGUGUCACUGUGCACAAUUGAGCUCUUAUUUACACCUGUGGUUCAUCUCCCCCUUCCUCCCAGAUUCAAGGUUGGUGGUAUUUUUGAUUUGUCCCUUGGUGGCUGUUUUGAUACAUUUUGGGGAAGGUCCAAGCUUUAGAACUGGACCUGAAUCCACCAAGAUAAUUAUAAGACAAGAAGCUGCGAUUUGAAAAGUUGAAUGUUUUCAUUGUUACUGUUAAUAUUUACAUAGCUCUUCUUUAUUUUAAUAAAUUCCUUUUGUAGGUUUGUACUUAAAAAAAGGGUGUAAAAGAUACGUUUUACCAAGUCCUGUUUAUUUAUAUUUUAGCCCUGGAUCUCCUCAGUGGAUCUUGAAAUGCUGAGUAUUUUAUUUUAUACAUAGUUGGGGUGUGCUUUUUGUAAAAUGUGCUCUUGAAAGGGAAUCCUUUGUGUCAGCAAAGCAGGUUCUGGGAAAUUUGCAAGCUCACAGGUGCUGGAGCACAGUGUGGUCUUGGGAUUAUUGUGGAAGCUGAAAGCCAAAACUGGGGUUCUGUCAAAAUUUGGAAUGUUUCAAGAUGCUCUCCGAUCCUGGUGUCCAGCAUAUGAUUCUGUAUUUAAUCCUUCAACAGAAAAUGAAAUCAAAAUGCUUUUGUUUGGUUGAGAGCUAAUAGUUUUCUUUAACCAUCAAGAAGGAGCUCUCUGUGUAUUUUUCAGUAGUGCUUUUUGAGUGGUUUGACGAGUACAAUGUUUUCCAACAAAAUAAGACCCUAACUCAUCCCAUUUCAUGUACCACAUGGUGCUUAUUUCUUAGACAUACUGUAGCACGUUUUAUGAGAUCAUCUCAAGGCUUUUUAAAAUAACAAAACAAAGUCUAAACAUUAGAUGCACUUUGUACUAUAUUAAACACCAAAAUUAGCAGAAUUCCCAAUACGGGCAUUACAGGUAAAAUAGCACAGUUACAUUUUGUAACAUUGACCAUAAGGCAGUUUAAGCAAGAGUCUGAAUACAGAUAAAUGGACACCCCUGGCUUUUUUCCCACAAGUUGUCUUUCUAAAUGAUGACAUCAGAUCUUGGGUCUACUCACCCAGUGCAUUCCCUAGACGUGUGAAGUCCUGCUUUAUGCCAUGCUUUAUCCCUGGUGUCCCAGUGUUUAACAGAAGCAUUGUUUAAUUGAUUACUUUCUAACCCCAGAAUGGUCAUUUAUUGCAUUACAGGCUAGUGUUUUGGGAAAAAUAUUUUUUUUAAUAUAAUUUGAUCCAUUACAUGUAAAAGUUACUUGUGGUAAGGGAUUACUUUUUAAAAUGAAUAAGAUGGGGGGGGGAUUAUUGUAAAAAGUCAUCUGUAAUAUCAGUGUAUGUCUAUGUGAAUUGUUAAUUUAAUAUAAUCCCUUGUAUACAUUACAAGUGUAGUGGAUUACAUUUUAAAGUUACUUUGCCCAGCACUGGUCUUGUACCACAGGUCACUAACUUGUUAAAAACGGACAUGCUAAGACACUUCAUACAUCUUCAGUUUUGGCUCAAAUCAGCGUUUUUAAAGCAGUGCUUCAUUAGAUGCACUGUCUUUGUUUCCAUUCCACGGCUAUUGACAACCAGUGCCAGAAUUUGUACCUGGAGGGAUAUUUGUAGCAGGUAAAGCUGCAAAAGAAAGAUGAUCCAAAAAGAAGGUGAUCUUUAGGCUCUGUAGGUGACACUUAUACAUUUAUAAGCAGCAUGUGGCUUAAUCAUUCCUCAAACUUUUGAAAGGUUUCUGUCAUUAGUUUUGAGCGACUGACAUUUUGCUUCUGCUGGGGUGCAUGCAGAGAGGGCCUGAACACCGUGAUUUAACCUCUUGUCACUUGAUUUCAAUAAUUUCAAUUAUUUGGCCUUCCCUACUGGAAGACUGCUGUGUAGAAUAUCCUUAAAUGAGUGUGUAAUGGCCUCAUGUGCUAUUAUUUCAGCCCUGUUCCAAGGACUGCAAAAUGGUAAAAUUAACACUUGUAGAAUCCUAUUCCUUCUCCUAAUCUCCAUGUGCUUUUUAGGAAUCUUUUCAAAAGCACCAGGCAGUACCUUGGAGAUUGUUUUGUAGCCCUUUUGCUGAAGGAUAGAAUCACCACUUACAAAGCUUAGGCUAAAGAACCAGGAAGUCUAUAAUCAUUGCCUCUUAAGUGUUCUUUUUUUUUUUUUCAACCUGGGCAGGUGCUAUUUUCCCCUCUUCAUACGGUAAUUGCCCCCACCCCUCCAUUUUGGAGUACAAAUAUUGUUAGUUAAUUCUUUUAGUUAACUAACUGAGUUAGUUAACUGAGCUUUUAACGAAAAGACCUGUUUUCCUGACACAAGCUUUCCUUUUUACAGAGCGUGAUACUAAAAAUUACUAAUCCCUUAUACUAUGGUGUGUUACAUACAGUACCUUUGGGGAAAAAAUAUAUUUUUACAAUUUUUACAUGGUGUUUUGAAUUCAUGUAUCAUUCUCUAAAUAAAAAUCAUGUCCCUGAA